AUGGACGCGGAGGCGUACGAGCGCGCGCGGGAGGGACUGGGCGCGCACGACGCGAUUUGUUACUGCACGAUUGGGUACCGGAGCGGGAAGUACGCGGAGAAGAUGGCGAAGCGCGCGAAUGAUGGGGACGCGAAAUAUUUUAACAUGUACGGUUCCAUCUUGGCGUGGACGCACGAGGGUGGGACGUUGGUCGAGCCGAGCACGGGACUGGAGACGAAGAGAGUGCACACCUACGGAAAGCAGUGGGCGUGCGCGGCGGAUGGUUACGAAGUCGUGUACUUUAAGAAUCCGCUCGCGAAGGGAUUAGGGCAGAUGGUGCGCGGGUUGUUUCGCAAAAAGAAAUAG